AUGGACCAAGGAAAUGAAGAUACCUGCGAUUCGGAUCCUAAUAAUGACAGUGACGGUAAAAAUGAAGAAAUGGUUGAAGAUCCUCCUAUUCCUGCUGUAUUGCCAUUUCUUCAUGUUGGUUUUUUAAAAUUUGACCAAACAACACAGCAACCUAUCAUGUCGCAAAGUCUUAGAACUGAGAUCAUAGUUCGCGGAUCUAACUUAUUUCAAAACAGGAACGUCCUCCUGAGUAUGCAACAAGCUUUUCUUGCAAACUCAAGAGGACGUUUAAUGAACUCGACGUGGUUCAAACAACGACUUGCAAAUGGUAAUGAAUUGGGUCGUUCGUGGUUGUUAUAUUCACCAGUUAACGAAGCGGCUUAUUGUUUCUGUUGUUUACUAUUUCCAACUUCCAGCUUAUAUUCACAAUCUUCCUUUGAAUUAGCUAGUGGAUUCACUAACUGGAGACACACAUAA